AAAGCAAGAAAUUUGGUACACUUUUAGUGGUCAAGCACCAAAAAGCAUUAAUGGCCACCAUGUCUUCACAUUUCCGACUCUGCUUAUUUCUUCUAACCACUUUCUUCACAUUCUCAUUUGCCAUAAGACCAAAACACUUCAACAUAUCCACCGUAGCCACCCACUGGUCCACCGCCUCUGCCACCUGGUAUGGCAGUCCCGAUGGUGCUGGAAGUGAUGGAGGUUCAUGUGGGUAUGGACCCGCAGUGUCACAAGCACCGUUUUCUUCCAUGGUGACUGGAAUUGGCCCAUCUCUGUAUAAUGCAGGAAAAGAAUGUGGGGCUUGUUAUAUGGUAAAGUGUACCAAACAUCCGGCAUGUUCACACAAGCCGGCUAGGGUUGUUAUCACUGAUUUUUGCCCCGGAGGCAAGUGUGCAGCUGGCCAUGCUCAUUUUGAUCUUAGCGGAACCGCAUUUGGUGCGAUGGCAAAACCAGGCCAAGAAAAACAUUUACGUGACGCAGGAGAUUUGCAAAUUCGAUUUGCAAGGGUUGAGUGUGAUUAUUCAAGAACAAACAUAGUGUUCCAUGUAGACCAGGGAUCGAACCCUAAUUACUUUGCUAUGGUGGUUGAAUUCGAAGAAGGUGAUGGAGAUUUAGGUGGAGUGAGUUUAAAAGAAGAAAAUAGUACCAAAUGGUUGAAAAUGGUACAAUCUUGGGGUGCAGUUUGGAAAAUCGACCCUGGGAGGGAGCUACACCCUCCAUUUUCUAUAAGAUUGGUAUCACAAUACUCAGAGCGUAUCUUAGUCGCAAAAAAUGUGAUUCCUAGUGGAUGGAAGCCGGGAUCAAUGUAUAGGUCUGUGGUCAACUACCUUUAAGAGGGUUAUUUGAAGUCAUAUUAAGUACUUUAUUUGUUGUUUUGAUGUAUUACUCGUGAGAAUUAAGAGGUGGCAUGAGAAGAGUCGGGUUUAUGAAUCACAAUAAUUUGUGAAAUAUAUUUGACCGCUAAGUCACCCUUAUUAGGUUGAAGAAUAAAUUGUGUUGUCUAUGUACGGAAAGAGCGUCAAGUAUUAAAAUAAUACUUGGAUGGGUACAUUUUGAUGAUUUUAUUGAGGUAAAUG